AGGAUGGAAACACUGGUCUCACCAAUGCCCAGAUCCCAUCUGUCCAUACAGGAACUGAAGGAGGAGAUAUCACAGUUACAUGCCCCUUUUCUUCACCUGGAAGCUCGAUGUUCUUUUGCAAGAGAGAAUGUAAACCAGAGGACAUCCUCAUUCACACAACUGGUGUCAGAGAUCAGAGAGGCAGAUACAGCAUCACAUAUGAAGGAGGAUAUUCUUUAUAUUCUAAAUAUGUUUUUGUGAGCAUCACACAGCUGACCAAGUCUGACUCAGGACUGUACAGAUGUGGUCUGGGUGGAUCAGACAUCAAGUUUGAAAUCAUUGUUGUAGAUGCACUGCUGGAUGGAAAUCCUCCUGAAGAAACAUCCCUCUAUACAAGAGCUGGAGGAAAUAUUGUAGUUGAAUGCUCCUUUACUGUCUCUGGAAGCAGGAGGUACUUCUGCAAGGAAGAAUGUGAAGAGAAAGACAUUCUUGUUGAAACAACUGGUUACACAGCUGAGAGAGGCAGAUACAGCAUCAGAUAUACACAACGAUCUCUGACAGAUGUAUCUGUGUAUGUGAGCAUCACACAGCUGACCAAGUCUGACUCAGGACGGUACAGGUGUGGUCUGGACAGACGUUUUUCACGAGAUCCCUACCGGGAGUUUGAGAUCAUUGUCACAGAUGCUCCAACCACUUUAAAACCAAAAUCGACUUUACCGGUCUUUUCAACAUCAGACCCAUCAGCCUCCACACCAACACAGAUUUCUCAGACUAACCAGCAGCCGAUUGAGACAGGACCAUCUCAAGAUGUGUGGCUGCCUGUCGGUCUGACUCUGGCCGUCAUGGUUAUCCUAUUAUUACUGGCUGUGGUGAUAUACUGCAGGAAGAGGUCUUCUAAACCCAAGGGAGCUCCAGUGGAAACAGAGUACACUUCUGUCACAGAGACCAACCAAGUGUACGAGAACAUCAGAGAGGACAGACACAGCAGAUCUGCUCCUGUGGAAAUCUCUUCAGUUUACACUCUCGCCAAAUAUACCCACCAAAAAACUCCUGAAUCCACUGAUGACUACAGCUCUGUCUCUGCAUCCAGAUUUCAAAAUACA